UCCGAUGGCUUCUUCAUUGGCAGGAAGCCGAAAUCAGGCCCCAGCAAGGAAUCACUGGCAGCAAACUUGUACGGGCUGCAGAGCCAUUCACCAACAUUGUGGAGGAAGGUCCCAUAGCGGAGGGCCAUGUGCGCGUUGUGCGCGUCGCGGGAUUCGUUGCGUGUUUCCUGAGCCGCCAGCUGUUCUGCCAUCAAGGAAUUGCCCGACAAACGAAUUGUACGCAGGCUCGUCUUCGGGGGUCGCUAGGAACUGGAUCCAGCCUUCGGUUGUCACAAUUCCUUCAGGAGUCGCGCCCAGUCCUCCCACUGGGGCGCACUGCCUCCCGCAGGCCCAUGGUGCAGGACACUCCUUGGAACCGCCCAACGGGGCGGGGGGACUAUGGCAAAGUACGUCCUUUGGUGCGGGACGGGGAGAACUCAUCUAAUUCUUGAAAUCAUGAUCACUUACUUGAUCUCGCUGAAGAUUUCGUUACGCCCAGCUGUGGCCAAGCUCAAUACCGCUAUGAGCCUGUUCCAUCACCUAUCUCGUCAGCAAGUGCUAGAGGAACAUCCGGUGGACACGGAUAUGACACAGCAUGGGCAUCACUAUUUCCCACUGCCCAAAGUGCUUCUGCAGCCCGAGGACUCUUGGGAAGCCCCCAAAGAGCAGAAGACGCAAUGGCUGACUUCAUGCGGUUCCAGCGACAUAUUCUCCUCGCGGUGCCGGGAUCAUUUCGGAUCGUUUUUGAGGUCGAAGGCGGCGAUCAGGCCAUAGUGAACCUUCAAGACGCACCUACGUUGAAUAGAGGUGGUGGUGCUCAAGCCGUCAGAGUUGAAAGUCAUGAACCGGCCAG